UUCAAAAUUGUCGCCAGGCUCAGUUUCUUCGCGAGCGCCGGGCGUGCUUGGAAGACAAGCGCUCCCGCUGCCUUGGUACAGGCUCCUGUAUUUUUCUGGAUUUCUUUUUUUUGUUUGUUUUUUACCUUAUUCCUUCGGCGGUUUCCCGCGCAGGCGGCUGUACCGGUUGUCCGCGAGCCGGAGGGGCCCUUGAACGGUGCGACGUCUCAGAGCAGCCGGCUGUGGCGGGGGGUCCUUUCCCGGCGCGGUCGCACCGGCGCCCCCCCGCCCGCCAUGUACUACAAGUUCAGCGGCUUCGCGCAGCGGCUCGUCGGGGCCACGGCGGCCGCCGCCUACAACCCGCAGGGACUCAAACCAAUAGUUUCCACUGAAUCCCCAGCUCCGAUUUUUGGGACAACAAGUAAACUUGCUCCAGAUUUUCCAGCAACUGAUUCUUACUUGGGUAAAAACAAGGUACCAGACCUACAGAAAAUUUUUCAGAAAGCAGACGGAUUGCCAGUACACCUGAAACGAGGAGUGCCAGACAGGCUGCUUUAUCGGACCACUAUGGCUCUAACAAUAGGCGGGACUAUCUACUGUCUGGUAGCACUGUACAUGGCCUCCCAACCAAGACAACAGAAAUAAAUGAACCACAGUUCAUGGGACUCUCAACACUUCUCUGAAGGACCUCCUGCAUGCAUCAAUUUGCACUUAAUUCUGUGGUCACAUAGGGUUCAUUAUUCAGAUUAAAUUUCUUGGAGAAAAUGGUUUUAAAUUGAUUGCCUUAUGUAUUCUAAAAAACAAUAUAAAUGGCCAAAUACAUAAUUUUAACAUAUGGUUGUAGCUUUUGUUGUCAUGCAGGAAUGUAUAAAGAGUUGGAGAAAGUUAAGCUUUUCCUUCCUUCCCUCCCCCAACGUAAACAAUGUUAGAGAGAGGACAGGACAGGACAAAUACUUUGUGGGCUAUGAACCACAUUUCUUAGUGGAAGGAUGCUGCUAGUUUCCAAAACACUAGAAGCAAAUAAUUUAGUUAUUAUAGCAUACUGGGAACUUUUUCUGUCAUAUACAGCUCAUUUUACAUAAGCAGAUGGCAGUGUAACCUUUCCAAAUGCUGGUAUAUUAUUAAAUAUUUGUACCUCUGGUGGUAGGACUUGACUCCUUGAAGCGUUUAAAGUGGAUUUAUUCCAUAACUUUAGCAUCGGUGUAUGCAGCAGAGUGCACCAGUAUUGUAGCAUCAGUUAUACUCGGUUUUGGAACUUUCAUUUGUCAAACUAUAUUAUUGUGCAAUAAAGAUAACUACACAAAUACUAAACCAGGCAAAUCUUGAAAGUUUCAGACCACUUCAGCUGGCCUGGUAGGGAAAUAAACAUAUUGGUACGUUUUUAAGAUCAACUUGUAGAUCUCAAACCAGGCAAUUGAUUCAGCUACCUUACUGUCAUCUUUUUGAGAUGGUAAAUCUCUUAAAACGCUCUCUCGGAUCUCACUGAGUGUUUAACUAUAAGCUUUGGUGAAACAGGCCACUGUCAUAACUCAGCUGCUUAUUAUUUUCAGUGCCCACACAUUUAUGUACCCACAUACACACACAUUUCCUUUGUUGUGCGGGUGGAAGAGGGACAAGUCAAUAAAACCCUUUAUGGAUUCCCUUUCCCUUGUAAUAGCAUAGCCUUGGACUGAAGGUUCAUACAGGUCUUCACAAAAAGCAUCCUCUAAUUUGAUAGAUCCUCCUCUGGCCCUGAACAUCGAUUAUUCACUCUUUGUCACCGAGGCUCUGGAUAAGCAUGGAUUUACUGACCUCUGUAGAGACCCAGCUCUCACAGAACUGCAUAAACAACCUUCAAAGUAAAUAAGAAAACCUGUUGAUAAAGGAACCUAGAACUUCUAUUUUUUCAAUCUUUCACUAAAAGCAUUCUGAUUUUUUUUCCAGUCAAGUUACAUCAAAGCCUUAUUACUGUUCCGUGGGAAAAAAAAUAGCUGUUUUUAUUGUGAUCUCAGGUUUCAAUCAGUGUUGGUAUUUCAGGAUGAGAGAGAUUUAAGUCACGGAAAAAUAAUUCUGUAAGCACAGCAAGAGCCAAAGAAUAGCAUAGAAUAACUUAAUUCUGCAAGAAUUGACAGCUGUGUUGCCUCUACUGAUAAAAUAUUUUAUCCUCAGUAGUCUGUGCUUCCAUGGCACUAAGAAUCUUCUGCUAUAGCCUGCUAAAUCCUACAAAAAGAAAAACAACCCCCCCCACUCACAAAACAAAAAACCCCGAAAGAAAGAAAGAAAAUAAGAAAGAGAAAACAGCACAGCAGGUUAUUGUCUGUCUCCCCUACCUACCAUCUAUUAAGCACUGCCUACAAGAAUUUUCUAAUAAAGGAUACUUUGCACAUAAA